UUCCAUGCGUAGGACAGACAGGGAGAUGGCUGAGCAACGCAGAGGUCCCGGAAGGCCCAGAACAAGGAAUGUGGAGCCCGAGCAACCAUCCGGAAGUGCAGGCGUGCCUUGGCAACAGAUGAUGCAGCAGAUGAUGCAGCAAAACCAGAUGAUGGCUCAAAUGAUGCAAGGCAUGCAGGGACAACAACCUCCUACUCAAGCUCCCGUUCCUCAAGCUGCAGCUGGACCUGACUUUCGUGCCUUCUUCAGGAUGGAUCCCCCAGAGUUUGUUGGCGGACUUGAUUCACUCUUGGCUCAUGAUUGGUUAGCUGGUAUGGAGAGGGUGUUUCAAGCUAUUCAGUGUACUGAAGAAGAGAAGGUGAUCUUUGCUACUCAGAAGAUGAAGGGACCAGCUCUUAGGUGGUGGAACACUGCAUCCACUUAUUUCACCACUCAAGAGAUUCCUAAGGAUUGGCAACACUUCAAAGUGGCAUUCUUGGAGAAGUAUUUCCCUAAUAGUGUGAGGACUCAGAAGGAAAGAGAAUUCCAGAACUUCAAGCAAGGCAACAUGUCUGUUUCAGAAUAUGCAGAGAAGUUCGAGGACUUGGCAGACUACUCCAGACAAGCUGUUUAUGCCCCAGAUGAACUAUGGAAGAUUGAUCAAUUCAUGAUGGGUUUGAGGGCCGACAUUGCUCAUAGUGUUUCCCAAAGAGAGUUCACCACUUAUGCUGAAUGUUUGAGGCAAUGUUAUGUUGCCGAAAACAGCUUGAAGAGGGUUCAAGAAGAGACGAACCAGAACAGGACUAAUUUUAGGGAUCAAGGAAGGUCUACUCAACACUUGAGGCCCCGUAACCCUCCAUCAAAGAAGAAGCAGGUUUAUGGUGACCAAUCAGCUCAACCGACUUAUUGUCGCAAGUGUAAUAGGAAGCAUACCGGGGAGUGCACCAACUCUUCAGUGACUUGUUACGAGUGUGGCGAGCCAGGUCACAUAUCCAGAUUCUGCCCCAAGAAGAGAGCUUCUGGGAAGACUGCAGGUCGUGUGUACACUCUGGAUGCAAGAAAGGCCAAGGGAAACAACAAUCUCAUUGCGGAAUUUUGUUUAGUAGAGGAAGAAGAGACAAAACGUGGAAAGGGAGAGGAAGAGGAGAAAGUUCCAACACUUGGUCCAAGCUCACUUGCAUGCAGCGGAUUCUGUCCCAAAACCUUGCUUCCAUCAUCAUCUCCAUCUUGCUUUCAGCAUCAUCAUCAUCUUCUUCAACUCCUAAGGCGGUUCGAGACAAGAUCGCGGUAAGGGAAAGAUGGAUUAGAUCUCUUGGCGAUGCUUGGAUGUUUCUUUUAGUUCUUGUCGUGCUUGCUAGUUUAUGUAAUUUGGACAUGUACUAUUAUGAUGUACUUGUAUUUU